AUGGCUGGAGUCAGCAGAAGUUCCCAGCCGCGUCUGCAGCUAUAUAUAUUCUGGGGCCUGAUGGCGUCGGUGUUUGCUUCAUUACCGGAGGAGCCGAGAGGAGCAGCCGGCGGGGAAUCGAGGAUGGAUGUUCUAGGACUCUCGCCGGGACAAAGAGUCCUGGCUGCAGUGCCUGCGUCAGGACGCACGAAUUUUUUGCUGUACCAAUUAGCUGCGGCCAUAAAUUCAGCCGCCGGCCUGGAAUCGCCGACGAUGCAGGAAGUGGAGGUGGUCGAUGUGGUGGAGGAGCAGGAGCAGUUCCUGCUGGCGGGCCCGGAUCCCAACUGGCUGGCCGCCAUGGCGAAUGAGUUUCAGAGUGUGCCAGUGUACGAGACUUUUCCGGCUGACUUGCAGAACUGGCUGAUGGAUGGCUAUGGGAUCAGUGCCUCGGACUUCUACCACAGCUGGAGCGGAGCAGGAUUUGGCAGGCGGAGCAGCUCCCGCACCCAGCUGAUCUGCACGGCAGAUGGGCAGUGCUACGAGGUCAACAAAAUCGUCACUGCCUGCUGUCCAUUUUGA